GUUCAAAUCCAGCAUCUUUCCGUCAUUACAACAAAAGUAACGUUAGUAGACAUUUUAUUUCCUCCAACGUGACAAGUGAAAAGGCUCAAAAACAGAAGAUGAUUUUGUUUUAUUGGAAUCACGUGCGAGCCAAUGACGUCAGAGGUUCCAGAUGUUAGCAGCUGUGUAGCUGCACGUUGUUCCACAUUGUGACCUCGACUUGUGCGGAAAGAGUUCCGGGGCGACGAAGAAUGAGCAACAUGAAGGACAAAGCGAGCCUCCGCCAGCAGAGCUCCGACAACAACUCGGUGAGUAGUAACGAGUGGGACAUGGCGAACGAUGUGUUCGUGUCGGGCUACGACGACGACCCGUUGGAAGCGGAGCCGAGCUCGGGCGACCCGGUGGAGCCCGGCAUGGACAGCAGACACCUGCCGCUUGUACCUCAGGACGGCAUGAUGCUCGGCCUGGCCGGGGACGAAUAUCCGGCUGCGUCCUAUCUGGACAUCGAGCCGAACUACGCCGAGAGUGACGGCGGCGUGACCGCCAAGAAGCGAAUACGGUCCAACAGCUCCCGGCACCGGGGGGAGAUCGUCACGGAACUGGGCCCGGAGGAGGUGCGGUGGUUCUACAAAGAGGACAAGCGGACCUGGAAGCCGUUCGUCGGACACGACUCUUUAAAAAUCGAGACUGCCUACGAGCAGAACCGGUGUGAUCCGGUCGAGGCCGAGGGCAAAGGAGCCGCCAGGAGCGGGGAGGUCCAGUCCGCGGAGAGGGUGGUGCAUGCGGACUCCGCUUCGGAGGAGAGGAAGGACCACGUCAGCGGAGAUGCGGUGUGUGUGAGGGGAGGACUUUAUGAAGUGGACAUCCGGGAUAAGGAAUGCUAUCCCGUUUACUGGAACCAACAAGAGCGUAUUCCUGUGAUGAGGGGUCAGUGGUUCACUGAUGGAACAUGGCUCCCUUUGGAGGAGGAUGAGAGUGACAUGAUAGAGCAGGAUCAUCUUGGCCGUUUCCGAGGACAACAGAUGAGAGAUACUUAUGAAAUGGAGACAGUGGCCACCACAGUGGACAGUAAAGACGCCAUUCACAGUCUGAAGCUGAGCCGGAGCCAUAUUGACUGGCACAGUGUGGACGAGAUGUACCUGUAUAGUGACGCCACCACCUCCAAGAUUGCACGAACCGUCACUCAGAAACUGGGCUUUUCUAAAGCGUCGAGCAGCGGGACACGUCUCCAUAGGGGGUAUGUGGAGGAAGCAGCGCCCGAGGACACGCCACCUGAAACCACCCACCUUGUAUUUGUGGUGCAUGGCAUCGGCCAGAAGAUGGACCAGGGUCGCAUUAUUAGGAACACCAGCAUGAUGAGAGAUGCCGCAAGAAAGAUGGAGGAGAAACACUUUCCUAAUCGCACCACAGAGCAUGUUGAGUUCCUUCCUGUUGAGUGGAGGUCCAAACUGGCUCUUGAUGGAGACACAGUGGAUUCCAUCACUCCUGACAAGUUAAGAGGUCUCAGAGACAUGUUGAACAGCAGCGCCAUGGACAUUAUGUACUAUACAAGUCCGCUUUACAGAGAUGAGAUUACCCGAGGUCUGACUCUGGAGCUCAACCGUCUUUACUCGCUCUUCUGCUCGCGAAAUCCAGACUUUGAGAAACAUGGGAAGGUGUCCAUUGUCUCUCACUCGUUGGGCUGUGUUAUCACCUUUGACAUCAUGACCGGCUGGGACCCUGUGCGCUUUCAUCAUCUAGAAGUUCCGGACCCAAAAGAAGCCGAGGCUCGCUGGCCGAACGACGAAGAGCGACACCUUCAGGAGCAGCUCAGACUCACUCGCCUCAGGUUGAGGGACUUGGAGGACCAAUUUCAGGGUCUGCAGACCUUGUCAUGUGUAGCGGUUCCAGCUCUAAAGUUUAAGGUGGAAAAUUUCUUCUGCAUGGGUUCCCCUCUGGCAGUAUUCUUGGCAUUGCGAGGCAUCCGUCCGGGAAGUAAUUGUGUCCAGGACCAUAUACUUCCUACCUCAAUCUGCAAUCGUCUCUUCAACAUAUUUCAUCCUACAGACCCUGUGGCUUACAGACUGGAGCCGCUUAUCUUAAAGCACUACAGUAAUAUUGCACCUGUUCAAAUCAAUUGGUACAACACCGCGAGUCCCACGCCGUACGAUCAAAUCCGUCCCACGCUUCUUAACUCCAACAAGGACACAACAACUAUAUCAGAUUCAGACAAUCUUCCCAGCCCCUGCACCUCUCCACCCCAGGCCCGCCGUCACUAUGGAGAGUCCAUCACCAACCUGGGCAAGGCCAGCAUCAUGGGGGCUGCGAGUCUUGGAAAGGGUAUUGGGGGAAUCCUGUUCUCCCGCUUUUCUCGAUCCAGCGGACAGGUGGGCGCAGUCGAGGAGGAGCCAUCAGAUAUCGAGAGUGGAGCCAUUGAAGGCGAAAACGCAUCUUCUGAAGAGAAGUCAAUGGUGGGCGAAAGUGAUGAAAAGGAAAAACCAGUGGAGUUGGAGCGCGUGGAGGUGGAGCAGACCUUGUCGCAAUCCACUUCAGUAGUCAUUGACCACACCUCAUUGGAACUGGAGCGGCGCAUUGACUUUGAGCUACGCGAGGGCUUAGUGGAGAGCCGCUAUUGGUCAGCUGUGACGUCACACACGGCCUAUUGGUGCUCUUAUGAUGUGGCGCUCUUCCUCCUCACUUUUAUGUACCGACCUCAGGAGGCUCCUGACACUGCAGAGGACAACACAGACUCCUUAUAGCACACAUGUACAAAUGGCACGUGCUGUUCGUUCACUUUCUAUUUCCAAAGUUUUUCAUUACAAAAUGAUUGCUGCCAAAAAUAGUUAAAAGAUAAAUGCUACUUUAUGUACUAUUUCUAGUGUGAAAUGUUAAUAUACCAUACAUCUUAAUUUGAUUGUACAUACUCAACUUCAACAUUGCUACUUAAAUGCAGUUUGACUUAAUUUUAACAGGCUUCAUAUUACAUCAAAUGAUAAUGAGGUUUUAAGAGAAAUUAACACAACACCUUUCAUUGAACAGAUGAGCUGUGCCCAAAACGUAGUUUCCUGCGACAACCGCUCACUUGGUGAGAUGUUUGUCAUCAAGUGGCCUGGACGCCUUUGUUUGCAGAGAAAUGUUGAAUGUGAAUCCAACAACAUCAUCACUCUGUCACACAUGAAGGUGCAAACAUCCUGCUUUGGGUACAGGAAACUUUCACCGCAUUGAGAGACUGAUAAACGAGGGGCGCGUAACGUGGAAUUUUGGGUGAGUACCCCCUCGCCUCAGCCAGAACAUUGUGACAAUGACCAGAAACAUAUGGCGAAGGUAUCGAAGGAGUGUCUCAAAAAGGAGCACAUUAGGAUCUUGGCAUUGCCUCGCCAGUGUUUGGACCUUAAUCCCAUUUUUUGGGAUCUUCAACUUUGAAUUGCCAAGGAACAGCCUCUAAAUAUCAGGAUUUCAGGAGUAAAUUUAAGAGGAAUGGACAAAGAGAUUUGUGCAAGCACAAUAAAUCUCACCUCUGUGCUGGCCAACAAGUAGUUCGACACCAAGUACAAAACAAAGUGUUGUACUGGAAUGAAAUACUCCUAAAUAUUUUGCAAACCAUUAAGGGCCAAAAAGGACUAUCCCUUCUUGUGAUUAAUGUAACUUGUACAAGUAAAUGUGUCAUCCUGUACAUUUAGCUUAGUUUGUUUUACAUGUUCUCCAUUGCAGAAUUUGUCUGAUAGUUGCCAAUGAAAUGCUAUGUAUAAAUAUGUGUAGGAUAAAGUUGCAUUAGGAAACAUCCCACUGGGCGGCUGCAAGGUCAAACCUUAAGAGUGUGCCAGUUUAAAAAUGUAACAAACUGCACGGUUGACGAAAAGACUGUCAGCUUAAAAAGCAAGUCAGCUCCAUCAUUUGCCUGACUACAAUGCACUUUUUCUAAAGCAGGUGGGAAAGUGGGGACUAU